CGACUGGACACCCCUUCCACGUCAGUAGGUGAACGUGUCUGGCAAUUCCGUGGUCGAUCGCUACACUUGAAUUCAUUUUUCUUCUUGAACAUCGAUCAAUUCCUGCCUUAUCUGAUUCCCACGCACCUAAUUUCCAUUUCAACAUUGAAAGCCCAACGAGAGUCUACAAAAAUCAGAAGCCAGAAAAUGGCAAAACCCUCUCAAGCAAGAUUCAUUUUCACGUUUUUUCAUCACAUUGUAUCAGAAGCCCCAGCAGCCAGAAAUGGCAUUUCCCAAAUCAUCAGAAGAAACCCUAAAUCAAUCAACACCCACACAUCUUCCUCAUGGCUAUUAAAUUCCCAACGAUCCCAUUUUUCUUCGUCAGCCAGCACUCCAGGUAUUCGCCGAAAUUCCGACAUACAAGCCAAAUUUUCGCCGGCCGGGAACUUUUUGGCGCGCAGGUACGUUUCCUUCACGAAUCCCGAGAUGGGUUCCGGCAAUUUUGUGAAGAAGAUGGUGAAAAACCCUGCUUUGUUCUUUAAGGGUGGGUUGGGGAGGUAUAGGGAGGCAUUGAGGCUGCAAAUCGAGUCCUUCUUGCGGAGGAAUUUUCUGGCAGUGGCCGGUGCAGGUGGGCUUGUGGUGUGCGUUGUGCUUUGGCGGGUGCUAUUUGGGGUGGCAGAUGUUAUUGUAGGUUUCUCGGAGGGCAUGGCUGAGUUUGGAUUUCUUGCUCUGUCAUCUGCCGUGGUCGUGUUUAGCGGCUUGUACCUUCAUGCAAGAUUCAACAUCAAUCCGGAUAAAGUUUACAGAAUGGCGAUGAGGAGGCUAAAUACGUCUGCCGGAAUUCUCGAGGCCAUGGGUGCACCACUCAGAGGCACUGAUGUGAGAGCAUACGUGAUGUCAGGUGGGGGCAUUACACUGAAGAAUUUCAGUCCCAGGCUAAGAAGCAAAAGGUGCUUUCUAAUUUUCCCAAUACAAGGCUCGGAGAGAAAGGGACUAGUCAGUGUUGAAGUCCGGAAGAACAAAGGACAGUAUGAUAUGAAGCUAUUGGCAGUGGAUGUCCAGGUGGCAGGUGGACCCGAUCAACGGCUGUUCUUGACCGGAGAUGAGGAAGAGUACAAGAUAGGUGAUGGGCUCAUAUCAGAACUGCGGGACCCGGUUGUCAAGGCAAUGAGUGCUGCUAAAGAGCUUGAGGCACAUGACUUAAAGGAGGACGAGGAGGAUGAACAAAGGGAACUCCAAGAAGCCGAAAUAAAAAAAUCGACAGUAAAAUGAAAGGCUGAAAAAAAAAGCCACUAUCAGUAACCCGCACGGUUUCUCUUCGCUUUAUUCUUCUCCUGACCUCAAAAUAUUGUGCUCUGUAUUAGCUAGCUUCUUGAGGUAAUAAUACUAAACAUUUUUUUUUUCCUUGUUUUUUUCUGUUGAUUUUUUUAAUGAUACCAGUGAGUGUAUGACCGUGGUUAGUGCUAGUCCCAGCAUUGUUGUAGACACCUUGUGUUGUCUAUAUUACUGCAAAUUAGAGAGUUAUUUUUGCAUUUAGGUUCUGUAACUUACUAUUAUGUGCAGAAACAGUCUUGUGUGACACAACGUAAUAGCUGGGCAGGUCUUUUCAUGCCCUGUGAAAAAAAGGGUAUAAUGCAUGCAGUAGAAUGCCAUAUUUAUUUUUAUGUUGUUUUUAAAAUAUACUGUCUGUAUUCUCAUAUCAAAAUUUCUAAAGAAAUUCUGUUUCUGCCUUUGAACAUCUUCUUGCGUGCGUUAUGUUACUUGGACGAUUUAUUUCUAGACAUUGAGUUCGGUUUUUGAUUUAGAAUGUACGUUGCCUCGUAAUAGUGUUGCAUGAAAGAAAAUGGUCAUUUUUUAUGUCGGAUUAUAGUUUCAGGUUUUUGUUUUUCUGAUGUUCCUAGUUUAUUUGGCUG